GCGCAGGUGUGACGGGAUCCAUUCCCUGCUCCAGACUCUCUGCCCGAGUGGUAAAUAAAGACGAGGAUAACCUCGGGAGGGUCGUCGAUGAGCGAAUCUACCUGCGCUCAGGUGCUUUCGGACCAGGUGACCGUCAAGAGGUGCCACAGCAGAGAAGAAAAGGUGAGCUGCGCGCGCGACAAGAAGCAGCCGCGUGCGGAACUCCGACGCGCACCGGGAAACCGCAACGAACGAGCCACUGGCUGCACUUUUCCAGCUCAAAUCCCGCUAAGACGCCAGAAGAGGAGGCAUCAUGAGGAAAUCUUCAUACACAGGGAGGUCCAGCAGCACUCGGGUCAGAAGACCGGAGGCAGGAUCUGGCGUCACCAGCCCCACCCUAAAACGGUCAUUUGAGGUGGAGGAGACAGACGCAUCCACAAACCCUUCGCCCCUGUCUCGUCGCACCACCAACCCCCUUCGCUCAUCCUCCUCCUCCGCGUCCACCCAGCGGAGCUACGACUUGAGCACGCGCAACUCCGACUACUCCUCUUCCAGGUCUUCCGUGUCCGAGUCCUCCAAUCCACGGUCCCCGAAGUCCGGCAUGAGGCGCAUGGAGCUGCCAGGGGGCCGUAACCCCGACCUAACGUCCUCCCGGCGCACAGAAAUGUCCAUUGAGGUGUCCUCUAAGCAGAUCGACAACUCCCCCAGUGCCGGCAUCGCCCGCUUUGGCCUCAAGCGACCCGAGGUCAGCCUGAGCAGUCGGAGUAGCUCUCUGGAAAGCUCCACCAACUCCAUCUCCAGCUCCACGAGCCGGCGGGCGGAGCUCAGCAUGACACGGUCCCAUGAACCCCCUGCCCCUCCCAGGAGGAUGGACCCCCAGCUCUCACCAGCUCCGGUCUCUAGGAUUCCCGAGCCCCCCCAGAGAAGGGCCGAGCCCCCGUCCCCCAGCCUCGGUCCUAUUGAUGGUUUGUCCAGGAGGCCAGAGAUGCCCGUCUUCAGGCAGCCGGAUGGUGCGAUGCCCAGCAAUGCGGUGGAGAACAACAGUCACCCACCGCCCGCACCUAGUGCCCCCCUGCCUUUCCUGUCGGACACCCGGGUGGAGAGAGUGCAUUCGCCUGUCACAGAGGUGCCCACAGCCCAGCCAACAAACAGGCCUGAGGUGAAUUCCAGCUACAGCACCAGUGCCAUGUCUGAGGCGGCGGUGCCCGAUGCCAUGGUGUCCACAGUGGGCGGCCUGUACGGGGAGAAGGCCGGCGGCCCCGUGGUGGACUUCAGUUAUGUGGGCAUUGACGCAAUUCUGGAGCAGAUGAGGAGGAAAGCCAUGAAGCAAGGUUUUGAGCUCAACAUUAUGGUUGUGGGACAGAGUGGCCUGGGAAAGUCGACUCUGAUGAACACACUGUUUAAAUCUAAAGUCAGCCGUAAAUCUGUGUUGGCCACAGCCCAGGAGAAGAUCCCUAAAACAAUCGAAAUCAAGUCCAUCAGUCAUGAUGUCGAGGAGAAGGGGGUCCGAAUGAAGCUCACAGUCAUCGACACGCCGGGCUUUGGGGAUCAGAUCAACAACGAGAACUGCUGGCAGCCCAUCAUGAAGUUCAUUAAUGACCAGUAUGAGGCAUACCUGCAGGAGGAGAUCAACAUCAAUAGGAAGAAAAGGAUUCCAGACUCCAGAGUUCACUGCUGCAUAUACUUCAUCCCCCCGACCGGACACUGUCUGCGGCCUCUGGAUGUAGAAUUCAUGAGGCGCCUCAGUAAAGUGGUCAACAUCGUCCCAGUCAUCGCCAAGGCCGACACGCUCACUCUGGAGGAGAGGGACUUCUUUAAAAAGAAGAUCAGGGAGGAGCUGCGAGCCAAUGGGAUCGAUGUGUAUCCUCAGAAGGAAUUUGAUGAGGACGCAGAGGACAGAAUGAUCAACGAGAAGAUCAGAGAGAUGAUCCCGUUUGCAGUGGUGGGCAGCGAUCAGGAGUACCAGGUCAACGGCAGGAGGCUGCUGGGGAGGAAGACCAAGUGGGGAACCAUCGAAGUUGAGAACAUUGCCCACUGUGAGUUUGCCUAUUUACGGGAUCUCCUCAUUAGGACCCACAUGCAGAACAUUAAAGACAUCACUAGCAGCAUCCACUAUGAAAUGUACCGCGUGAGGCGCCUCAAUGAGAAUAACACCGUGGCCCAUGCUAAUGGCGUCCCAGAGCAUCAUCUCACCGCCCACGAGAUGUAGACGCCAGCCGCCCCGGUGCCGUUGAGCACAGCGUGCCGUGAGACUUGGACCUGGGAUGGAAACCUAUUAGCCUGCCUGAACGGCUGAACGGACGCUCCAUCUGUUCCCAAACACUACCCUCUGUCUCGGAGAGUGAAGCGAAGUUCGGUUCUUCGUAACGUGCUGCAGCUCCUUUUUUUUUUUUUUUUUUUUUUUUAUCCGCUUUAGAUUUUACACUUUGGUGGUUUUUACCUGCAGUAAUCGGCCAAAUAAUAAAACGCACCGACGCUCAGUACGUUUCAGUCAGAGUUGCCUUAAUAUUAACAUUUUAUUUUUGUUCCACUUUGAUAUUUUUAGAGUUCAUAUCACACAGACAGAGCUGAUGGUCUUCUGUAGCGUGUUGGAAAGGGUCCAGACAGUCUUUUACCGGGUCGUCCGUCAGUCUGAUGCAGCGUCGUUCAGUCUCCCUCUAGUUUCUAGUCCGUUUCACAGGUAUUUUUUCUCUUUUCUCAUCACAGCCGCGUUUUGCUUCAACCGUUUUUACUUCAUGCCUUAUGGAUUUCAGGCCUUUUCAAAUUCCCAGUGACAGACGUCAUUGUUUAUUAAUGGAAAUAUCCUAAGAGUGAUUUAAGAUGAAUAAGUAUUUAUGCACGAGAUAAAAUGUGAAUGCUUUGUAUCGGCUCAUCGUUUCUUCUGAUUAUUCAAACACGCGUACGUUCCUGCAUUGGGCCCCGACACAGUGCCUUAUUUAUUGGAGAAUGUCUGUUCGCAUGUUCAAACUGGAAAGAGCAGGACUGUUGGUGCCAAAGCUGACAUUUACACCAGACUUUUAUUAAAUUGUUUUAUUUCUGAUCAAUAAUGUUCCACUGACCACCCUACGUUUUCUUGUUUCAUAAUAUACCGAGGUUCUUUAUUUGUCUCAACCAUAUAUAAUUCCUGUGUUGUCACUGUCGUGCUCUAUUCUGUAUAUUCUCCUGUGUCCUGAUACAUUUUUUUGUACUUGUAUUAUUGAUAAUAACAAAUGUUUCUUUAAAGAAAUAAAGAUUAAAGUUGUCUAUAA